AUGGAUAAUAAAGGUAAAGCUACCAAAACCCUAGUUUCAUCUUUGCAAAACCUAAAUUUGAAUCCCCAAUCAAAUUUCAAAUCCAAAUCCUCCAUUGCCAUAAUCAACCACCCUCAAUUUCCCGGAUUUCUAUCUAAGAAAAAGCCUCAAAGUCUAGUCAACCUUUGCAUUGGAGUUAUUGGAAGACAUUUGGAGGAUAUUAUUGAAGAUUUGGAUGAGAUUGCUAUUGGCUUGCCGGGUGAUAUUAAGUUAGCGGUGGCAGCUAUUGCUAGACGGAGAAAGUUGCUUAAUGAUGAUGUCCUGAUUGCGUUGGCUGAUGCUUCCUGGGAAAUCCUUGAUGUCUCUGGCUCAGAUGUUUCGGAUUUUGGCUUGACAAAAGCAGCUGAAGUAUGUAGAUUCAUUAAAGCUCUGGACAUAAGCCGGUGCACCAAAAUCACUGCAAUUGGUAUAUCUGAACUUGUGAAGCACUGCCCUUCAUUGGAGACAUUAAGAUGCGGAGGGUGUCCAAGGAGUGACAACACAGCACGGAGAUGCUUAAAUAUAUUUAAACCAAGGCUAGAGUAUGUGGAAGAGGAUUCUUGGGAGGAGCUUGAUACUAAUGAAAUUGCUAGUGGUGCACAAUCACUCAGGUGGCUAGUAUGGCCAAACAUUGAUAAUUAUUCUUUAGAGGACUUCUCUGCCGAGUGCCCGCGUAUCAUAGUAAAUCCUAAUCCAUCUCCGUUUGGGUUUAUGGGAACUCAGGUUCCUUUUGAAGCAUUUCAAAAUAUCAUACUAGAUGAUGCUCUUGUCAAAGAGAUUGAUCCCAAGACAUGGACAAUGCAUGGGAUUGCAAAUAGGCGAAUCUGUCCACCAUCUUCAAGCUCUACUACUGAAUUAUCAGUCGCUGAAAAAUUCAGACUUGCCUUUGAGGAAAGAGACAACCGGUUAGCUCCGAAGAGAGCUAAAAAUGCCCGGCAACAUCAGCGUCGGGCAGCACGGGACAUGCUGUUGAUGAGUACAAGAGCCAAGUCAAUGGCCUUGGCAUCACAAGUAAGCAAGUCUCUACAUAGUUGA